GAGAAACGUUGCUAACUUCGGUGUAGUUUUUCCCGCAGUUUGGCGUCCACAAGAUUGAAAAAAUUAUUACAAGAAAUUUCUAUGUAUUUAGAUCAAUAGGACAAUUCAGAACUUAUAUGAUUUAUAUUCCAGUGCAGUUUUGAUGAGACGACGAUGUUAUUACUGUGAUUGUUUUGUUUGUUCCCGUGUACUGUGGUGAUUUUUGUAAACAUCAGGAGGAACAUUGCCCCACGUCUAUGACUUCUUAUUGGCAGCAUGGCGGAAAUAGUGUACCCGCAAGGCUGCCGCCCCAUUACCGAUGACCUUGGAGCUGAUGAGCUGGUCCGGAGACUCAAGGUACUGGCUCACACCCUCCAGGGUCUGGGCCAGGAUGAAGGCAUGUACCAGCAGUACAUCCCUCUGGCGCUGCACCUGGCCGACGAGUUCUUCCUGACGCACGCCUCGCGCGACGUGCAGCUGCUCAUAGCGUGCUGCAUCGCGGACGUGCUGCGAGUGUACGCGCCCGAAGCGCCGUACAAGGACCAGGAGCAGGUCAAGACGAUAUUCCUGUUCCUGAUCAAGCAGCUGCAAGGUCUUCGAGACCCAAAGGACCCGGCGUUCAAGCGAUACUUCUACUUGUUAGAGAACCUGGCCUACGUGAAGUCCUUCAACAUGUGUUUCGAACUGGAGGAUUGCCAAGAGAUCUUCUGUGCACUCUUCUCGCUUAUGUUCAGGAUUGUCAAUACGGAACACUCGACGAAAGUGAAGUCCUUCAUGCUGGACGUCCUCUGUCCACUCAUCACGGAAUCGGACGUGGUCUCCAACGAGCUCCUCAACGUGAUCCUGACGAACCUGGUGGAGCCGAACAAGCGCGAACACAAGUACGCGUACGCGCUCGCUAAAGAACUCAUAGUGAAGACCAGCGAGACGCUGGAGCCAUAUAUUCAGGCGUUCUUCAACCACGUCCUAAUCCUCGGCAAAGAAGAAAAAGAGCUGCUGAUCUUUUCCAAAGUAUACGAGCUUAUCUACGAGCUUUAUCAGUGCUGUCCCGCCCUACUUCUGUCAGUACUACCACAACUGGAAUGCAAACUCAAGUCCGCACAGUUCCAAGAGAGACUCAGCGGCGUCGCCUUACUAGCUAGAAUGUUCUCAGAGCCCGGGUCAGAACUAGCCAAACAGUACCCGGGCCUCUGGCGAGCGUUCCUGGGAAGAUUCAACGACCUAUCUGUACCCAUUAGAAUCAAAUGCGUGCAAUACUGCAUGCACUUUCUAGUACACCACCCGGAUUUGAGGAAAGAUAUAACGGAAACACUCAAGAUGAGACAGCACGAUGCGCAUGAGCAAGUGCGCUAUGAAGUGGUCAUGGCUAUAAUAGCGACGGCGCAGAAGGACUUCCAAGCGGUCGCCGAGUCGGAAGACCUGUUACACUUCGUCAGAGAAAGAACACUUGAUAAGAAAUUCAAAAUUAGAAAAGAGGCCAUGUCGGGACUCGCGAUGAUCUACAAAAAGUUUCUGACAGAAGAAAGCGUGCCUCCAGCGACAGAAAUAGCAGUGCGGUGGAUCAAAGACAAAAUCCUUCAUGGAUACUACAUGACGGCAUUAGAAGACCGACUGCUAGUUGAACGGUUACUAAACACCUCACUGGUUCCGUACACAUUACCCGCCUCUGUGCGGAUGAAGAAGCUAUAUUACCUUAUGUCAAAUGUCGACGAUAACGCGACAAAAGCGUUCAUUGAACUCCAAAAACACCAAUUGGCCGUUCGACGCACUGUGGCAGAGUGGAUAGAGCUGCAUAGGAAACCUCCCACGCCGGCCGUACAAAAGAAAAUGAUCUCUAAAGUGCUUCACAUAAGCUCCAAAUUCCUGCCGGAGUCGGUGAAGGCGCAGGAGUUCCUGAACAAAUUUUCGUUACAUAUGAAGCAAGCUCCUGAACUGUUGCAAGGAAUGGAGACUAUUCUGAACCCUAACGUGAGCUGCGAAGUAUGCGUACGCACUACUUCAAGCGUUCUCAAGAAACUAGGCCAGCCGGUGAUGACGAAUCUGUACUACAACACGGUGAAGAUGCUCCUAGAGCGAGUGAGCUCAGUGAUGAUCGACCACGAGUCUCUGCUGAUACUGGUGGGCUACGUCGACGGAGCUGUCAAAGGCACCGACCAGUCCCUCGCCGAGGAGUGUGGCAUAGACAUAAAGAAAUGCGCCGAGCGCGGUCUGAAGCUGCUAGUGAUGCUAUCAUUCGUGUUCCCCGCACAUUUCCUGCACGAAGACGUGUUGAACCGGCUGACGAAUCUACUGGAGUUGGACGACGAGAGUGUGGCGCCUCACAUACUGGCCGCGCUCACGUUCCUAGGAAAAUACAGGCCGCUUAGCGACGCAUGUCCAGCGCUGUUCCCGAAACUAAUCACACUUUGCAAAGCUUACGCGGAGGUCGGCACGCCCAAACAAGCCAAGAAUGCUGUCAGGUGUCUAUUCGUGAACGUACCAGAACAACGGACGCAGAUCUUCACGGAGAUCCUGGAGACGCUGAAGGCCACGCUGAGCCCGCACUCGGAGCACUACCGCACCGCCAUCGUCACGCUGGGCCACGUGGCGCACAACCUGCCCGACAACUUCCCCGUGCACAUCAAGAACAUCGUCUCCAGGAAGAUAGUAAAAGAGCUCCUAGUUCGCGAAGGGGGCGGCGGCCCAAACGCGCCCCAAGGCGACUGGUGCAAAGAGGAGGACCUACCAGAAGAAACCCGCUGCAAGCUAGAAGGACUCAAGUGCAUGGCGCGAUGGUUGCUCGGCUUGAAGAAGGACGAGCUAUCGGCACAGAAGACUUUCAGGAUGCUAAACGCGUUUAUAGUUCACAAGGGCGACUUGUUGCAACAAAACCAGCUGUCGAAAGCCGAGAUGGCACAUCUGCGGCUUGCAGCCGGCGCGGCCAUGCUGAAGAUUUGCGAGCAGAAGGGCGUCGGCGACCAGUUCACGGCGGAGCAGUUUUAUAACCUGUCGCAUUUGAUGAUUGAUGAAGUACCACAAGUGAGAGAAUUAUUCGCAACAAAAUUACACAAAGGACUUUCAAAGGGCAUACCCAACAAGUGCCUACCACUAGACUUCAUGGGGAUGUACGCGUUAGCGGGCCGCGAGCCCGACCGCCGCAUCCGCUCCGUCAUCCGCCAGUUCAUGUUGGCGGACGUGGUGCGACGCCGCGAGUACAUCCGCAACAUCACGGUCGGCACCAAAGUGGAGCGCGCAGUAUCGCAGCUGCCACACAUCCUGCCCGACUACAUGCUGGUGUUCGCGGUGCCCGUACUGACGCACGACCCGGCAUUCACGGCGUACGACAACGUCGCUCAGCUCAAGGUGGUGAAGCAAUGCCUCUGGUUCAUCCUGGAGCCGCUCAUCACGCGCAACGACUUCUACUGCUACGGCUUCUACAAGAGCCUGGUGGAGCGGAUGAAGAACCACAAGGACGCUCUCAACGAGACCGACGACGCUGUUAACUAUAAACUGUGGGCGGUAUGCGACCUGGCGAUGUCGGUGAUCUGGGUGCGCUCAUCGAGCUUCGAGCUGGGAGACUUCUUAUCGGACGCUCGCAUCCCUACGAUGUACUUCGCGCCGCAGUCAGAAUACUUCGUCAAUACGCGCGUGUUCCUGCCGCCAGAGCUGCAGUUCCAGCCGAAGCGGACACCUACAACGACAGAAGUGCCGGCGCCGCGCGGCAAGAAGCGCCCGCGCGCCUCUCCUGCCGAUGAAUCUAGCGUCGACGCCGAGCCAUCAGAGGCGUCUGACACCCAAAUCCAGCUGCCGGGGCUUGAACAACCUCCAGAGACGGACCUAGAGGAGCCUCAGGCGAAACGCACCAUCAGCGAGUGAACACCCGUGAGCUAAGCUAUUCUCCAAUAAAUGGUAUAACAACACAGACAAAUACAUUCGUUUUCUUAUUAGUUUUUACUUUAUUGGAUUGGGAUAUGAUGCGUCAUAAUAAAAUCUUAUCGACGAUUUUGUCGAUAAAUGUAUGGCUUUAUCAUCUGUCGAUAAGUUUUAUCGACGAUAUCUGUCAAAAAUUGUAUGGGCUUAGGGUACAAAAUCGAUAAAAUGCCUCGAAAAGAUUGUAUAAUACAGCGUAUCUUAGCCCUGCUAUAAUGGGUGGUCAACAUUUUCACAGAAGUUCUUAUUAUUGAAACUAAAAUAGCUCUUCUUAUAGCCAUCUAGGAGGCAACAUUUGAGGGCUCGAGUGUUGUCUAACUAGUUGCUAAAAACUAAAGCUAUAUUUAUAAAAAUACUGUAAUAAAGAUAAGUAUUGCCGUGAAAAUGUUGACACUAUCUUUUUUGUAGAUCAGUCUUGUUUCACUAAACUUUUUAACCGACUUCAAAAAGGAGGAGGUUAUGAAUUCGGUUGAUUUGUUUUACUACUUUUAAACGUAAAGUAGGUAAUAUAAAAGAUUGCUGAUAUGUUGACUUUUCAAUACUUUAUAUUAACUCCAACUUAAAUCGUCAACUUGAACACAAUAUUUUGUAUGUUUACUUUGAGAAUAGCAUGGCUGAAUUAUUUGUGAGAGACCCUAACGUGACCCGCCAUAUUAGGCACUGAUUAUGUGAUGUUGCAUACAAACUGGUAGUAUUUGUUUAUUUAUUUAUCAAGUGUUUUAUCGCGCGCCAGACCAUGUAAUUAUUUCAUCUUUUUCAGUGACUGUAUAAUCUAAUAGUUCGUGACACCCAAAGUAGCCAAAAGUUUCGCAACGCGUCUUUGUUACAAUUGGAAUAUGGUUGUGUUGUCAACUUUUUGGCCACUUUGGGUGUCACGAUCUGUUUGACGCUGACUGUACAACGGCUUGUCAAUGUGACAGUACAAUUUCAGAUUUUGUUAACCCUUUAACGGGCAAGGCAACUUGAAAUAUUUAUCGGUUUUAGACCCAGUUGGAAUUCGGUCCACACUAUAUUAUUGCCUUUGCCUUUUAAAGGUUUAACAUUUAGCGUUUUCUGAGUCUUUCAUGAUGUAAACGUUUUGUAAGAAAUAAAUACUACGGUUUCGUGCGCGAUGAAGAUCCUUAGAAAGUAAGAGCGAUCUUAUUUUGGUGAUCAAACUAUUCGAUAUUUAAAAUCUUACUGUGCAGUUGUGCUACAUUUGUGUUCUUGACACAGCAAUGGUUAAAUUUUGUAGAAUGAUAUAUUUUUAAAAUAAUUAAAUAUUUUACAAAAUCAGGCUGGAACCAUACAUAGUAACAAACUAAAGACGUGUCCUUUAGAUUACCUUAAAAUCCAGAACAUUUAAUUUUAUUGUUCUUAGGUGUAAAAAGUAUUAUCAUUUAUCUAAAAAAGUUUGUAUUAUCAAAACAGGGUCGCUCAACACAUUCGGAAAGACAAACACUCCGUCUCGUUGGAUGUAAACCGACCCGAGGUAUCAAUACGCUUAACAUUACGAAGACUGUUCACGUAGCACGGUGCUGGCGUUAUCGUAACGAGAUUGUGGCGAUCUUGCUUGACUACUUCUAACAACUUUUAUUCAUGUCGCAAAGUAUUGCCCAUAAUUUUAGGCUUUGUGUAUUCUAAGAAAUGAUUUAAAACUUGCUAUCAGGCACAAACCACAAAUCUCUUCGAAUGAGUUGUCAAAUUAAAGUCAUUAUGACCACUGAAUACCUAUUUAAAUAGAUCUAUGUAUUACAUUAGAAACGUGUUCGUUAGCUUAAUCUUUAUUUAAACUGUCUUAUUUAACUAUGGCAUAAAUGCGUCUUUUGCGCAAGUAUAAAUAACUUUUGCACCUUACUUGGAUCAUAAUUUAAAAGCUAAUUCAUACAUUUAAAUUUUAAUGGUAUGUGUUUAAACUUUGUCUUCAAUAUUGGUCAUAAAUCUCGCUACGAAACGCCAACGCAUCGCCACGAUGUAUCGUGUUAGCUGAUCACAUCAAACCAUUGGACUUUGACACCACCUUCUUUGUAAUAAAGAUAAAAAUCGUUUGAGACGCUGGUUACACUGUAACCACAUUUUAUUGUAUGUACCUAUAAGUUUACUUCGUAAGGAAUGAUUGAGAGAAUACGCAUUUAGAAUCUUUGGCGUCUUUAUAAUGUAUAAAUAAACUUAAACGAAAAAGAACUUUAUAAGAAUACAUUUAAGAUGAUUAUGAGAUAAUCAUGUGGUUAUACUUCGUCAGAUGUAAACCCAACUAUUAUUUCUGUUGAAUUAUGUUUCAAUAUUAAAAUAUCCAUCUGAAUUAUUUAAUUCACUAUUGUGUGCGUUACAAAUUCAUUUUAAACCAGAAUUAUCCGCAGUUUUUUUUUAUUUAUUCGUGAAGAUUAUGCCCAAAUCUAGAUUGCGUAAAUUAAUUUUCCAAUUAUAAAAUCAGACAAGUCUAAAUCGUUUUGAAACUAUACUUUUAUUGUAUGACCUCGUGAAUGUUUGUUUAGUGUAAUAAAGGGUGUUUCAGUACUGAAAACAAAAACAAGUAUUGAAAGUUAUCAUUGAGUAUCUCAUAUAAUUAAUUCAAUCUGUUAUGCCCUUUUCAACACUUUUUAACUCACAGCUUCUUUAUUUGAGUAAAGAAUAAUGAAUGAUGACUAGGCCAUUGGUCAAUGAGAGAUGAGUCUGUAUUAUAGUUUUUAAAUCAUAAGUUUUACUAUCAUAAUGUUUGUUUGAAAGUUGUUUUAGUUGUAAUUCGAAUUCGGCUGGUCGAUCCCUUUGUAAUUUUAUAUUGUCUGUAUAAUUUGGCUCCUUGCCUCGUCGGUAUCGGCAUUUCCUGAUAGUUACGAUAGUUGCGUCAUUUGCGUACUCAUUUCGUUGGCGUUUCAUACCAAAGUUGUCACAAAUAUAGUUCAAUUUCUCUCUGAUAGUGGCUUAGCUAAGCCCUUCAACAGAUAACUGACUUUAUCUUAAGAAAUAUUGCAGUUAUUAUUCCAGUAAUUACAUUUGAUAGUUAAGAUUAACAAACACAGUCAUAAACCAUAAAAUGGAUUAUAACAGAUGUAGAUUUUAUGUUAGUUACUAUACAAAAACAUCGUGUUUUUUGCAUUUGAUUUCAUAACAAGUUUGGUAUGAAGCUAUCCAGAGUUAAAUCAAUUUUAGUUGAUAAUUGCCAUUACGUUUAUGUUAAAGUAAUUAAUUUCGUGUGAUGUAGGGCUAUUAAUUUAAAAUGUUAGCUUUCUAUAAGUUUUGAUGUGCGACUCUUUUUACUUCAUAAUUUGGAAAAUCCGUACCAUUUCGGUAUGGUGAAAAAUAUGUUUUAUUGGUUUUGAGCCUUAUUUCGUCGUAAAAUGUCAAAACAGCGCUCUAACAGGUCGUAUUACUUUGAACUAUCAUGGAUUAGUAUGAUUUAAGCACCAUCUAGUAAAAAGAAUCGCACAAGCAUCAGCUAAGGUUUAUCAAAUCGAGCAACCAGAUCAAAAUGAAUUGGUUUUUACCACAAAAAGUGCUCGUAUUUAUUAUGUAAUUAAUUCAUUAUAUUAUCACGAAAAGUGUUUUGGUUUUUAUUACAUUGUCGAUUAAAAUUGUUUUGUAAGUUUACCAAAAACGUCUGGAGUAAAGUGUGGGGCGUCGGCCGCAUCGGCGCAGUGAUGAUUCUCUGUAGUUAUGUAUUAAAUAAAAUAAUAAACAAAUA